AUGCUGGUGUACGACAUAACCAAGCGCCAAACCUUCGACCACAUCCCACGCUGGCUGGAAGAGCUGCGGGGCCAUGCCGACAAGAACAUAGUCAUCAUUCUGAUUGGGAAUAAGUGUGAUCUCGAGGAUCAGCGCGCUGUAUCCACGGAGGACGCCAAGGAGUUCGCCGAAAAGGAAGGCUUGUUCUUCCUGGAAACCUCGGCACUGAAUGCAACCAACGUCGAGAGCGCCUUUGUGACUGUGUUGACCGAGAUCUUCAACAUCGUGAACAAGAAGAGCCUCGUGGCCGACGAGAGUCAGGGCAACGGUGACCCGGGGUCAUUAGCUGGUAAGAAAAUCGUUGUACCAGGCCCCGGGCAAGAGAUUCCGGUCAAGAGCAGCAUGUGUUGCACCUCAUCGUGA